AUGAUCGUCGCUUCAUCAACAUCGCGCAGAGCGGCGAGAGCCCAAAUCGCGCCCGUGUUGUUGUUUGCAUUGUCAUUGGCGGUCAGUGGAGAAGGAAAAGGUGGAGGGGGACAUGGCCGUGGAAGUAGUUCAACAAGUUCGGGAAGUUCCAGCGGUAGCUCGUCGUCGUCAUCGAGUUCAGGCUCAAGUAGUGGCGGCGGUAGUUCUGGCGGAACGGUCAUCACUAGCACGGGCUCUGGCUCGAGUCGCAGAUGCUUCAAUGAGCACAAUCAGCAAAUCAAGUGCCCCGUGAAUAAGAAGGCGUACCUCAUCGCAGGCUCAAUUGUUGGCGGACUCGUCGGUCUGGUCGUUAUACUUUCCAUUUUGAUCUGGUUCUUGAAGCGGAGAAGGCACCUACGUGUUGUAAACGAGACUACGGAAGUGCCCACCAAGCCCACGCCUCCUAGUCGCAAGAACACGAACGAAAAGGACUACGAGCGCCUCAAGGAGCCUCCAGUAUAA